GCCGAUCGCACCCUUGUGCCGGCCCAGAACCAUACACACCCUAACGUGUCUAUAACCUUCAACUAUCUCUUCCAUCCUGUGCUCAAAACUAGUGUUUAUCAGAUAAGAUUUCGGUGCUAGUUUUCCUCUAACCCCUAAAGACAAUGAAUUAAUCAACGAAACCCCAAAGACUUUAAAAGUGCAAUAGACCAAAUUUUUUAAGUGUAAUGUUGUGAGUGACGAAGAUGAGUGGACUGGGUCCGGCCGGGGUGUGGGCCGCCCAGAAGAGGCUGGAGUCCUGGGCCAGGGCGGCCAGGGAACGCACCGGAAGCGCUAGCAGCGGCCAGAGCCACAACUCCACUGACAGCUUCCCGGAUGACAAGUCUCAUGGCAGCCACGGCAGCCCUAGCGAAAUGCUGAUCUCCAAAGAGCAGUGCCGUGUCCAGCCAUUCAGCUCCGAGACGCGAGCAGCCAGCUCGCUCCCGCACGCCCGUCUCGCUCGCACACCCUCCAUCUCAUCGCAGAGCAGUUUGGACAGCGCCACCUCUAGAGCUACGAGCCACCGUGGAUCCUCCCCAGCUAUCCGCACGUUCGCGCCGGAUGGACGCACGCUCGAGGCCGGUGGUUCCGGGCCGCGUUCGCCGUCGCCUCUGCGAGCGGCCUCGCUCGACGUCCGGGCGGCUCCCAUGGCGGGGUCACUGGCCUCGCUAGCAGACUCGCCGACUCCGUCAAGUCCGAGGCAUCUGCCGCCGAGGUGUUUGUCACCACUGCUGAUGCCACCGAGACGGAUAGACCGCAGCAACUCCCUCGUGGAGAGCAGCAGUGGCGCCCCCCUCUCGCCUGGAGCCCCGAGCGCCCUUGGAGCCCUACAACCAGCUUUGUAUACCAAACGAGAAGCACCCUUGCUUAUAGAGCUGGAGGGCGCUGGCCCGUCGUUGGGACGGUUGCAUUUGAGGCUGAAAUACGACUUUGACCGGUCGGAUUUAGAGGUGCAUCUUAUUGAGGCCCAUGACCUAGCCGGCUACGAAGCGGGUGGCUUCAACGACCCCUACGUGCGAGUGACCCUACUCCCCUCCGUGGACACCCGCACGAGACAGACCCCCGUGCACCGUAACGAGGCGAACCCCUUCUUCGACCAGCACUUCAAGUUCCCCGUUUCCCAUGACGAGCUGCGGGACAAGACGCUGCUGUUGCAAGUCUUUGACUACGACAGAUUCUCCCGGAACGAAGUAAUGGGUUCAGCUAAAGUCUCCCUAUCCCGAGUAGAAGUGGCGGGGGGCACAGAAGUAUGGGCAGAGCUGUCCAGGGAACGUAGACCGCCAGAGGAGCUGCAAGAGCUACUACUGUCUCUUUCUUAUUUGCCGUCUGCUGAGAGACUGACCGUAGUUGUGUUGAAGGCAAGGAAUCUGUUGCCACCUCAGGAAGGAAAAGACGCCUUAGAUGUAUACGUAAAAGUAUACCUCCUGGUGAACGGUAAACGAGUGAAGAAGAAGAAGACCAACAGAAAAGAGAUCAAUAAUCCAGUUUGGAACGAAGCGCUGUCGUUCAGCCUGGCGUCCGGACAUUUAAACGAGGCUUCCAUUGAGGUGUGUGUGGUGACGGGCGGCGGCAGCGGCCUGGUCGUCGGCUGGUGCUGCGUCGGGGCCGCCGAGCCCGCCGCCGAAGGCCGACACUGGGCGCAAAUGUCUCAGGAGACGCGUAAAGCUGUCGCCAUGUGGCACACGCUCAGAUAGACAGAGACAAGACAAAGCGGGAACACAGCAGUAGACAUGACAACCGGUGAUAGAAAACACCAAUCGAAACUUAAAACCGUAAGACAUCGCACCGCGAAGGUCAUCCAUAGGUGAGAGCGAGCCAGAUAUAUAUUUCUCGGUUUAACUUUCUGGUGCGAUAGUCUGUUAGAGCUUUUAUGAUCGUACCUCGAUCUGUAAUAAAAGCUACCUAUUCCGUUUCGACACUGAAAGACCAAAUCCAUAUCUUAAUCCAGAUCUAAUAAGUUAUCUAACUUAUCUAUUGAAAUCUCUGAAAAGUUAAAUAACUAGAGUACUUAAAGGAAAUGGCCACGUGAUUAUCUAUGUCUGUCGUACCGAUUUGACUUUUGUCGGUGUACUGCACCUACUUAUAGGUAACCUAAUUUACGAAAAAUAAUAUGGUCGUUUAAAUAUUACUUACCAUUUAAGUUUUAAUUGGUGUUUUCUAUAUAGGUAUGAUUAAAUAUUAUAAUUGUCACUGUCUAACCAAUAUAUAUGUAAUGAUACAAAGAACGAUAAUGGGUCACUUUCUAUGGAUAUUUCGCAAUAAAGUAGGAGUAAAACAUAUUUUGACCGCGUGCCUCUCUCCAAAGCACUAGCAGUCUAGCACAUCUUACCUUUCAGGCACACACAUCAGACAAAACAAGAGCCAUGAGCCAUUACUUUUGCCAUGUUCGCGUGACUAGUAGGAGCGAAACAAUCGUAAGAAAUAAUAAUGUCUUAUCUCCUGUGUUUAUAAUAGGUAUCCUUCACAAAUUAAAGGCCUAAGAAAAAUAUGUUCAGCCAAACAAUUGUCUUCUCAAACGUAUUAACCGGCGUCAGACAUCACUUUUGAAAUUGUUUAUGGUAUAAGAAAAAGUUUUUAAUGGCGGCAAAGUUAAUUUAUGAUUAUGAACUUAAAUCUUAAUAGGUAUUAUAGGUUGCCCAAUGUCCUACAGAUUCAAAAAGCAUUGUCGGUAAUGUGAAAGAGUAUUAAUAUAGCUUUAUCUAUUUAAUAUAUUACAAGGCGCAGUUUCAUCUCACAUUAUUCUUCAAUAGGCUACCUCUAAACUAAUAUCAAAAUUAUUAUUGUCUAUAGAAUUUGACUGAAGAAACCAAUAUUUUUAUAGAUUUCAGUUAUUAAAAAUGCAUGACGACUAGGUAUUUUUGAUUAAAAAUUAGUGUGAUUUUUAGUUUCGGCUAAGUUGGUCAUAGCGACGGCUCCGGCAAAGCCGUUGGUCGCGGGUUCGAGUCCUGGCGGAAGUGUGAAUACAUCCUAAUUACUUCAAAGAAUGUACUUAAUGUUAAUAACUCUAAUAAAUACCAGCCCCUGUGCAGUAAUUCACCACAGUUGACCUUAUCCUUACAAUAAUAAUGUUACCAUAGGCAUUUACUUACAUUACAUAUCUACAGAUAAGUUAAAUACUGUUAUUAGAUACAUUAUUCUCAAACUCAUAGAUGGUCAUGCAGUAUUCAACGAUGAACAUAGCCAUAAUCUUAAAUUACCUAUAAGUUACUUGUAAAAUACUGCCAAAAACUGAUAAAAUUUGGAAAUGAUCGAAAUGUUGAGCUUUGGAACGCCUAUAUACUUAUGAACUUUACUAAAGGAGUUAAGAUUAUUUUUAAUGAUUGUACUUAAUCCAUAGUUAGUGAAUAUUGUAACUAUUUAUCAACGACAACUGUCGAAAUUUGUCCUCAUCCAUUUUUGGGGAUCUACAGAGCAAUCUAACUAUCAGCUUGGGGGCUCUCGAUACCAGAAACGGGUUAACGAAAAUAGUAUGAGCAUUGGUCUCGAAGAUGUUUUUCGGGUUCGGUAUCAAAGAGGUAGGUACAAAAGAAACCCUUAUGCAGUGACUGUGUCCGUGUUUCUACCUAUCAGCAACAAAGGAAGUGGCGCUGAUUGUCACAAAUUCACGUAAGCCAAGGGCAUUUCAAACAGCGACAGUUGGAACUAGUUCACUCUAAGAUUUAAUCAUAGAAAAGCCCAUAAAAUGAGGACAGCAGCAGUCGCGCACCUUAGCCAAUACAUCCAUUGGCACUCACAUGCGUCGCCCGUUACGUGCACCCCGUAGCAGUUAGCGGACGCCCUUGUAGUGGAAUGGAACAGAUUGGUGGUUAGAUUCGCUCGUCUGUAGAGCCUUUACUGUUAGUAUGGAUAAUAUUGUACUAUUGUAUCAGUAUUCUCUCGUCGCAACAUAGGGGCGACGUCUUCUGUGCAGUCGUUCAUAAAUAUUCUAUUCUUAUGUAAUUAUAUUGUAAUUAUUCCUAAAAAUAUACGUAUAAAUUUGGAACUAUAUGUAUCUUUGUGUGGAGAAAGUUUUACUUUUUAUUUCUUUACAAUGUCUGAAUAAAAUGUCUAU